UCUGUGGAAAAUGUCAUUCAAACAGCCAGCAAAUAAACACAAAAGAAAUACCUUCAGCGGCGGCACAGUUGUAACGCGUCCUUCGGAAAAAAAGUAUUAUUCUUUUUAGUUUCGCUGGAAGGUUCCCGGUAUCAGCAGUGUUUUUUUUUUGAAUCUCAAGAAUACGACUAUCCGAAAAAACCUAUUGGAAAUUUACAAUUCGAGUGCAAACAGGAAAACAUUCCGAGUCUCGCUCAAGAAAAAUGGGAGAAGCUCACGACUGGCGACCUUUUGUUUACGGAGGUGUUGCAUCGAUUACGGCAGAAUUCGGUACGUUCCCUAUUGACACAACAAAAACGAGGCUGCAAAUUCAGGGACAAAUAAUCGAUCAAUCGCUUACGGAGCUUAAAUAUCGGGGUAUGACAGAUGCUUUCAUUAAAAUAUCCAAACAGGAAGGCAUAAAGGCGUUAUAUUCAGGUAUUUGGCCAGCCGUACUGCGACAGGCUACGUACGGGACGAUUAAGUUCGGAACUUACUACACACUCAAAAAGGUAGCAACGGAAAAGGGUUGGCUGCUGGAUAAGGCUGGGAAUGAGAAUGUGUGGUGUAAUGCCGGCUGUGCGGCGGUAGCUGGAGCCGUUUCCAGCGCCAUUGCCAAUCCCACGGAUGUGCUGAAGGUGCGGAUGCAAGUACACGGGAAGGGUACAAAUAAUGCUGGUUUGGUACGAUGCUUCAAGGAGAUUUAUGUGCACGAGGGGGUGCGAGGGCUGUGGCGGGGGGUUGGUCCUACGGCUCAGCGAGCGGCUGUGAUAGCGGCAGUAGAACUGCCAGUUUACGAUUUUUGUAAGAUGCAUUUGAUGGAGACGUUCGGAGAUCAGGUGGCGAAUCAUUUUACAUCGAGUUUUAUUGCCAGUUUAGGAAGUGCCAUUGCGUCAACGCCUAUUGACGUGAUUAGAACUCGUUUGAUGAACCAACGGCGCGUCCAAUUGCAAGUACACAACCUUGGAUCUGGCGGCGGGGGUGGUGUAGCAGGCGGAGGUAUCUCCGGAUCCACCACGGCGGUUGCAACCGCCAGUCGGAAAAUUUACACUGGUAGUCUGGACUGUGCUAUUCAAACCGUGCGGAACGAAGGAUUUCGGGCAUUGUACAAGGGUUUCGUACCGACCUGGGUUCGGAUGGGACCGUGGAACAUAAUCUUCUUCAUCACCUACGAACAGCUGAAGCGAAUGUAUUAGAUUGUUAGAAUCGAAACAUUUCCAGGCAUACUAACACACGCUGAUAUGUGUACUGUUGAUGAUAAGUAGGAAAAUUGAAUCUUGAAUAGAGUUGGAUGUUAGUGAAAGUGUGCGAAGUAAGCAAGCAAGAGAAUGUGUUUUUGGUGCUCAAUCUCCUACAGUUAAUGAAUAGCAUUUGCUUGUUUUUAGAAGAUUAAUCAAUUAUUCUCUACGUUUAUACCAAAGUCAUUUUUAAUUAUGCAUUUCUGUUUUAGAGCAAAAAAUUCUUUGGCAUUUAACGAAGAGUAUCGCAGUUGUUAAACCACUUGUAUUAGAAUAUAUAAAUUUGCAGCCAGGAUAAUUAUUUGUCUCAUACAAAAGUGCCCAAGCUCGUUCCCAAUUUAGUUUGUCGGCUCAGCCGAUUUAUCUCCGAGUGUAUAACAUUAUAAAAUGUAAGCGUAUUUUGAGGAUGAUAAAAAUUAUUGGGUGGUUUAUUCGUCAUGGAAAAAAUGCUACAUUCGAAUGUUUAACACGAUUUCACAUGGGAUCCUACCGCCACAGAGAACAGACGUCCAUCUGCAGCAUUCAACUUGUGUAAAAUCUCUAACGGUUUCGAAGGUAGUUUGGAUAUCUAAACCAGGUGCGCUACUGUCGUCAUGUUUUUUUGUGGCUGAGUGCGACAGAAUUGACAGCGGUUAUUCCUCUACCCAGUCAAACUAGUCCGGAACCGAUUCGGACUUCCAGCAUGAAUUCCAGCUCAAAUGCGUCAACCAAUAGAGUCGGAAUCGGUUGUUUUCUUUGAGCUAGAUUCCAUGCAGAAUCCAUCCAGGAUUUCGAAUCGGUUCCGGAAUCGAUUUGACGGAUAGUUGGGAUAGGUUGGUGUGGCGGCGCUAGUGUUUUUAGUAUAUUAAUUCAAAUGUUUACACACGUUUUUUAAAUAUUUUUGUUCGAUCAUGCCCGGUCAAACCAUUCGGAA